CUGGCGCACUUUCCAAAGGACUAAAGCAUUCUGAUUUUUGAGCGUGCCAAAAGAAAAGAACUUUGCGUUUUAGUUUGGGUGCCAUAACCUCCAAAUACGGGACGAGUGGAUUAGAACUAAACGCUGAAUCGGUGCUCUACUUUAAAAACUAAUCAACAGGAACGCAAUGUGAUUAUGGUGGUUGUAAAGCUUUGGAUUUCUGGGCAAAGAUCCUAAACUCCCUCAUAAGGGAUUCACUGCUGAUGACAGAGAUAUUGGAGAAGACGCACUGGCCACUUGACUCUUUUUCGCGAGCACAAGACGCACCGAGCGCGCAAGCUUUCUGUCGGUGUUAUUUGGAAGGUGCACUUUCCUGUCUAAAAUCGGACUUUUUAUUUACGUUUUUUUACGUUCUCUCUUAAGUUCUGGCUAUCACAGUUGUCGGUUUUUCCAGCUAAAUUCUGCAUUUCAUAUUUCUAUAAAUUUAAAAUUCUAUGAUGAUGGGAUGGGAUUUUAAUGACUGUAUUAUUAAAUUCAUAAUCGUAUGUUAUUAAAUCAUGUAGUGUUAAUAUUCCAACCUAUCUUAAGCUAUUCCAUCUGUUUGUCACUGUAAACUAUCGAUGUAAUACUUAUAAUAUACCUGGUACCAUCGAAUGUUGAUUUAAGUAAAAUUCAUACAUGCAUACAGUUUCAUAACAGUGACAGAUCACAGUGUUAUCCAUCCAGGUACACAUGACGUUAAAUUAAUGCAGCAGACAUUAACUACACAACGUAAAACUGUUCUGUAGCAUGUGAAAUUGAAAUUAUUACAUUUUAUUUUAUUUAUUUUUAUUUUUACAGUGUGCCUGAAGUGUUUAUUUCAAUUCCAAACUUAUUUAUUUAUUUAUUUUUUGUUUAAGGAUACUAGCCUAAUUAGAUGUAUGUGUUUGGUUUUGUAGGUCCUCUGUGACCCGUUUGGUGUAAUAUUAAUUAUGACAGUGAACAUCAAGGCAUCACAGUGCCAUGAGCCGCUCCGCAGACUCCUGUAGACUCGGUUCCGGUGCUACUGCAAUGCUCGCCGGACCCCUCCGCUUCUGCGUGGUUCUGUGAUCCAGGCAAAGGGCGCGAGGAUGAGCACAGACCUGGAGCGCCUGUCGCUUAACUCUUCCUCGGGAAACUCUGUGGCGUCUAGCGCGCAUUCCCUUUCCGCCAAUGUGAAGAAGCUUCACAACGCGCUCAACCUGCUGCUCAGCGACCUCGAGAGAGAGCAGUUCAUCCACUGCCUCAACGUGUACCACUCCAAGCGCAAUGUGUACGAUCUGGUCCAGACGCUUAAAGUCAUACUGAACGUCCCGAGCAAGCGUCAGCUCCUGCCCAUGCUGCGGCUGGUUAUCCCGCGCUCGGAUCAGCUUCUGUUCGAUCAGUACACAUCAGAGGGGCUGUACUUGAAAUCCGACGUUCUUGCGCGCAAUGGUGACCCAGACGGCUCCCACGAGGCUGCUAAUUCGAGUCCAACACACGGGGCUCACUUCUCGGCUCCUUCCGCGUCUCAAACCGCUCUGCGCGGGUCUCCUGAUAACAUCAGCAUCAGCAGCGAUGGGACAGCGACUCUUAUUCCUUUACUGGGAAGAAAUUUCUUACCGGAGCCGCCAGGAGAGAUCCGACAGGUGACCCUCAAGCGUCACAAGAGCAACGAGGGUUUGGGAUUUAGUAUCCGCGGAGGAUCCGAGCAUGGAGUUGGGAUCUAUGUGUCACUGGUGGAACCGGGAUCACUGGCUGAAAAGGAGGGUUUGAGAAUAGGAGAUCAGAUAAUGAAAGUUAAUGACAAAGUGUUCGACCGGGUCACGCACGCAGAGGCAGUUAAGGUGCUGAAGGGCAGCAAAAAGCUCUCCAUGUCAGUGCGUUCUGUGGGCCGUAUCCCGGGCGGUUAUGUCACAAAUCAUGUCUACACCUGGGUGGAUCCGCAGGGGCGCAGCGUGACCCCACCCCCUGACCUGCUGACGGAGCAUCGAAGCGCCACCCUGCGCAGGUCCAACAGUCAGGGCCGAAGCCACAUGCAGCUUCUGCAGGACGGCGAUGAGAAGAAGGUAAAUUUGGUUCUGAAUGACGGCCGUUCUCUGGGUCUCAUGAUCCGCGGAGGGGCUGAAUACUCUUUAGGUAUCUACAUCACAGGUGUGGACAGAGGGUCUGCAGCAGAGUGUGGAGGACUGAAGGUCGGGGAUCAGAUUCUGGAGGUUAAUGGACGAAGUUUCCUCAGCAUCCCACAUGAUGAGGCUGUACGAGUGCUGAAGUCUUCACAGCACCUGAUGAUGACGGUGAAGGAUGUCGGGCGACUGCCACAUGCCCGCACCGUAGUGGGUGAGACAAAGUGGAUCACAAGCUCACAGAUUACCGACAGCUCGGCCAGCAGCAGUAUCACAGGACUCUCUCUGGACCAGGGAGCAUCAGCAUCAGGAAAGGGUGGCUUUUAUAAAGGUGUGGCAGGAUCUCAGGUGACUCUGUCCAGUUUGGUGAACCAGAGCAGGGCCAUGCUGGAGGAGCAGGCCAGACAUCUGCUGACCGAACCGGAGAGGCAGACCAUGGGUUACUACAUCCAAGAGUACCGUGAUGGUCACAUCGGUGUUGAGCAGCUGGUCAUGGCCCUCCUUGAGCUGUUCAAUACACAUGCCAAGUUCUCCCUGCUGUCAGAGGUGAGGGGGCUCGUGGCCCCUCAGGAUGUGGAGAGAUUUGACGGCCUGGUUCUGAGACGAGAGAUCGAGGCCCUGAAGGCGAGGCAAGGUGGCGGAGCUGGGUUUCAAGACUCUUUCUCCAUGAUUUCUUACCCUGACACACUGGCCUCCUCCUCAGCCAGCUUCAUGACCAACACCACCCUCAGCUCCGCACGGAACGAUGGUGUCACAGAGAACAACGGGGAACAGUCUCUGGAGCGUAGCAAUGCCCUGCCAGACAUCUCUCUGGAUGAGGUUCAUUCAACCUCAGAUUCCCCUCCUACUUUUAAACCUCCUCCUCCCCCAGGGCUUCAGCGCCGACCCAGUCGAAAAGCCACGCUUAGCAAACGUCCCUCUUCUAGCUCCUCCCAAUCGGGCUUGUACUUCACCGCCCCUUCUCGUUCCCAGAGCAAAGAACCCAAACACCCAAAAGCACCCAAACCUCACACAUCUCCUCUUGACACCCUCAAGAUAGAUGUCCCAGCACCUCAACUCGCAGUCGUGAGCCAGCAUACUAUCGGACCGUUCCCCCGGGUCCAGUCUCCUAGUAAGGUGAAGCCCGCCCCUUCUUCCCCAGCAUCCAAUCAGCACUUUGUCAUGGUGGAGGUGCACAGGCCCAACGCAGAGCCUGAUGUGAACGAGGUGCGGCCGCUGCCACAAGCGCGAGAAUCUACCUUGCAGCCGGGUCUGUUGGAGCCUACAUCCACUCUAGUGAGAGUGGCAAAAAGCGCCAGUACUCUGGGCAUCGCAAUAGAAGGUGGGGCAAACACACGUCAGCCCCUCCCACGCAUCGUUACCAUACAGAGAGGUGGUUCGGCUAGUAACUGUGGACAGCUGAAGGUGGGUCAGGUGAUCCUUGAGGUAAACGGAGUGUCUCUCAGAGGAAAGGAACAUCGGGAAGCCGCACGUCUCAUCGCAGAGGCCUUUAAAACCAAAGAGAAGGACUACAUUGACUUCUUGAUCACAGAGUUCAAUGUUGCUCUAUAAGACCGUAUGAGUCCCAUGAUGCUGACGGAAUAAAAGAGCACUGGGAUGCACCGCGACCGCGAUGUCUUGCCAUGAUUAACCCCCAGAAUCCUGUUACAUGCUAGACUUCAGCUCAUCCUCCUCUGUGGUGUUUUGAUACCAGUCACUGUUUGAAAGGCCAUCCUGUGUGAGCCAACCCCGCGUUGACCUUUCCGACGGCAAAUGCCAGGAUAGAGCAAAAGUUCAGUCUGUUCUGUUCUGUCGGUUUGUUUUCGAAGAUGGGACCAUCUUUUCAGUUCUUUAUGAGAUUCUAUAAUGAAAUUUGGUCACCUGACCGCAAUACGGCAAGAGACUCUUCAGCAAGCUUGGAUCUGUGUCGUGUUUUUGAUAUACGAUACCAUCAUGGAGUCUAGGCCCAGCAUCUUGUCCUGGUGUGAGAGUUUGUGUGAACGUGUCAUGGAAAUCAUUGUUGUUGUUUUUUAAAGUCAUAGCUAUUUUAUAAGAAAGAUGUGAAAAUGGAUCAAAUGUGUUUAAAAUAUAUAUUUAAAGUUAAAGAGAUGCACAUAACUACUGAUUAUAGUAAAUAGUGACUAACCCCAUAGAGAUUCGAACUGAAGUGCUUCUCUCUACAGAUUUCUGUGAGCAGAACUGCUGAAACAUCUGUCAUCUGCCUUUUUUUAACUAGUCAGCCGGUUUACAUUUUUGAUUAUAGUUUGUGCUGUUUUGCAGUUGUUGUUGUUUUUUUUGCAUCAUACAGUAAUUACUAAACCAUGGCGAUCAGUCAUUAGGACAGAAAUGCUGGAGUCCUGAGAGACCAGAUGUCUCAGUUUCAAAUAUCUAGUGAGCUGCCUACGUAGACAGUAUUUUAAGACAGCAUAGGCACUUACAAUUUUAAGAUACCUUGUUUUGGCCUAAUUUUAAGGCAGAUGCACAUGCAUCGGGGCUCAACAAUAAGGAUUACUCAUUGACCCUGAUGUUAAGACAUAUCGUUCAGAAGUUUUGGGUAGAUACAUUUUUCAAAGAAGUCUCUUACGCUCGCCAUAGCUGCAUUUAU